UGUCGCUGUGCCUUUUUAGGCCUUUUUUGCCAUUGCACAGAAAGUUUAAUUUGCAUGAAGUUAUUUUAAUUUAUUCAUGCAGUUUCCUAAAUUAUACACUGACUAUUGCAGUUUCUUUAAAGCGGUUUAUGCUGCGAGCUGAAAUUGCGACUUGGAAGACAAGAAUCCAGAAUUUACAGUAAUGACAGCAUUAAAGAAGGUGCCUGGAUUCUGGAGGUUGCGAGUGACAGUGUGAGACUGCGACUGGGACAAGCACAGGCUGCAGAGCCUCCAAAAGCGGUGAAAAGCCCGAUUGUACACAGAAGGCCUCCAAAAUCGAUAAUUUUACAGUCCUCUGUCUCAUUGAGUUAACACUCAAAUCUUUCAAACAUCAGCAUUUGCUGUCUGUGCACUGAUGUUGGCAUCCAGCAUGGGCGAUCUGCAGCGUCUGCCCGCAGCAACAAUCCCGUCUUUAGCCCGUCCCGAGGCAUCUGCCACUACGGAACUCCAUCGGGGCAAUCGAGGCAUUCGCAUACGCCCCGCCGACAUGCCCAUGGCCCCGCGCAACCCUCCCCUGCCCUCCGCGGCCGUAACUACGAACGGCCAGGCCCUCACCAAAUCCGAGGCCGCCCUGUUUGGUCCGCAUCGCACCGAUCGUGAUCUGUUGGUGAUCGUCCGCGCUGUGUUGGCGGAGAAUCCGUAUCAGUUUGCCAAAGUGGAUCGCGGACCAGUGUGGAAGCAGGUGAUGAAGCGCCUGCAGAAGGAAGGUUUAAACACUAACAUCAAAGUUGUACGGCAGCGCUUGCGACGCAAUCUACGGGCACAUCGCGAACGCAAACGGUCGUCCAAGUACAAUCCGACGACCAGUAUGGAAAUGGAGAAAGAUGCCUUGUUGGAUCAGCUGGAGAGCAUUGUUAAGCAGGGUGUCUAUGGGCAGAGAUCGUGCUACAGCCGCAAGUCGCCUGUGUCGUAUUCGAUGGCGCCUAGUCAUGGUUUGAUGGGGAAUGAACGGUCCAAUGUGGACUGGCAGGGAAAUCUGCAGGCGGAUGGAAUGGCUGCGACACAUCAGGAACAGGCGGAUCGGAAUUCUACCGGGAAAAAUGCACCGCCUCGAAAAGGCUUGAAAAUGAUUAUUCAAUCAACAAAUUCCACAUACACAACUAAAAUACAAUCGACACCUAAAUCCACCGGGGCCGCCACUUUCUCAUCCGCACCGCCGAACAAGAAGCCUACAAUUAGUUUUACAGGCGGAACCCAGCAGAAGCUAUAUACAACCGCAACCGACGAAAGGAUAUCUGAUUUGAAUGACACUGGUAGCAAUAGAAGAGUCCUGACGCCCGUUGCAGUUCCUCUUAUUGAGUACGAUAAUGAUCUGGGAGACGACAUCGCUGACGAUGAAUACUACGGACACGCACAUUUGGAUUCUGGCGCACAUGAGCGAUCCAUCAAUGGAUCGCACUCCCUGGCACUCAACGAAGAUGAUUUUGGUUUAUCCAGUGAAGAAAACGAAAGUAAAAUAACCAGUCCCCGGCAAAAGUUGGCGGAUGUGGCAUAUCAGGAUUUGGAUGAAGAUCUGGACUACUCUGACGGUCACCAUGGUCUCGAUGCGUUUGGCAAUGGCGAACUUCACUGCGAACACGCAGGAUCGUCUUCUUUUCCACACUUUAUCAAUAGCAACUCAUCCCCAUACCUCAGACGCGGAUACGGAGAUCCCGUCUCGUCUGCCAGCAUCUCCGAAGACGAGCGAACCGGUAUUAACGUCUUAGAUGAUAUUUCAACUCGACCGCUGCCCUCCAAUAAUAAAAGGGACACCGAACUGCAGAAAUUAGAACUGUGGAAAGAAGAAAUCAACUUAGCAAAGCAGCGCUUCACUGAAGAACAGAUGCGGCGCAAAUUGGAGAUUGACAUUAUGCUAGCUCGGGAUAAAUUCGAGAGGGAAAUGGCCGUGCAGCGUUUGGCAUUCGAGACAGAACAGCGAGAUAAAGACCGUGAAGCGGAAUACAAACGCCAUGAAUUACAGUUAAAAUGUCAUGCCGAAAUGCAGGAAUUGCAGAUUCGUGCUCAGCAGGAGCAGAAUAAGCUGAUGCUGGAAAUUGUCAAACUACUGCGACCGCACAACGACCACGCGUGAACUGUAUAAUGCGCGAUAUAAUGUCGAUUUUCUAUUGCUUAUUGAAUGAUCAUGAUGCAGCUACGUAAAUCCCGUGCGAACAUGGUGGAUGGAUCUUACUUUUUUGAAUGAUAUGAGUUUUAUUUUACAGUUUCUUUCAUUGUGCGAUAUUUUAACUUUGUGUAAUGUUUUGUCAAGUGAUCUAGUGUCCUAGCAUGUUCGGUGACGCGAAGUGAAUUUUUUAACAGUUG